CAAGCAGAAGCAAGGCCCUUUAGCGUAGCGGCGGCUAGCACGCCACACCGCCAUUAACAGACAUCAUCACAUGGGCAAAGAUGGAAACUUUUACUUCAAUAAUUAUUCGUUCGAAUUUCAGCAUGGUCUUUCCUUCCUAAGCAGUUGUAAGCACACUUCAUUCUUUUUACAACUCUCCUUUUACCAACACCUCAGAAGAGAGAGAGAGAGAGGGAGAGUUCCAUUCACAAUGCAGCAGCAACACAGAAGAGCAGUCCGGGUGGGGAAUGUUUCAGAUCUAGCGACCGAGAGGGAAAUCCGAGAGUUCUUCUCCUUUUCCGGCGAGAUUGAGCACAUUGAGAUCCAACGGGAGCAAGACGAAUCUAGGACUGCUUAUGUUACCUUUAAGGAUGUGAGGGCUAUUGAAAUUGCUCUUCUGUUAUCGGGAGCAACAAUAGUGGACCAGAUUGUGAAUAUAAGUCUGGCAGAAAAUUAUGUUCCAAAACCUGAAAUUCAGGAGUUAAGGAUAGUUGUUGACGAUGAUAUUAGCAUUGCCGGGAACAAUAACUCACUGCAUACUGAGGACAAACUGGGUUCAUCUAGCUAUGCAAGGGCAAAUGGGAGGGUAUAUGUGAGCAAAGCACAAGAUGUGGUAUCUAGUGUCUUGGCAAAAGGUUCAGCUAUAGGACAAGAUGCAAUGACUAAAGCCAGGGCAUUUGAUGAGAAGCAUCGGUUGACAGCAACUGCAUCUGCUAAAGUCAGUUACUUUGACCAAAGAGUUGGUUUGUCUGAGAAACUGACAGUAGGAAUUUCUGUAGUGAACCAGAAAGUUAAAUCUGUUGAUGAGAGGCUUCAAGUUUCUGAUAAAACAAUGGCUGCGCUUAUUGCAGCUGAGCGUAAACUAAACGAUACAGGAUCAGCAGUCAGAUCAAGCAGGUAUGUAACUGCCGGAGCUGCUUGGCUGAAUGGUGCUUUUAGUAGGGUGGCAAAGGCAGGGCAGACUGCUAGUACAAAAACAAGAGAAAAGUGGAACUCGGCAUUCUCAAAUAUGACAGCAAAGGAUUCUCCUAUGGUUGUAUAGAGUCGGAUUACAUCAACAAUGGCAGCUGGGAAGUGGCAAGUGCUUGUUAUCUGGUGCUUGUUUUACUGUUGCGAGCGUCGGGAACCAUUUUGGUCAUAUUCAAUUUAUUUUGCAGUGUGUAUUAUUCUUCACUCAUUAGUGUUUGAGAAGGCCAAUUUAUCAAAUUAGGUUGUGCAGUUUUACAGUGUAAUCCAUCUUUGUACCAUACUCUUCCCUCAUCAAUGAAUGAAUGUUCCACUCACUAUAACAUUUGAUGUGAAAAUUGAGAUAUUCUAUUAUGAAUGAAGAAAUUCAGACGUUGUGG